AUGGAUAAAUAUCGCACAAGAACAGUGUCACGUAAGUUGAGUUACGAGUGGGAAAUAGCCGAUUUUACAGCGCUUGCUGACACACCCAACUUUGGAGUUUGUGGAACUGAAAUUAGGUCUCCAAAAAUUUCAGUCAACACGUCAUUUAAGAAUGAAUGGCAUUUAGAAUUAACAAUGACUGAAAAAUGCUUCAUAGUGUUUGUAGUGUCAGACGUCGAAGAUAAAGAGAUGAUCAUAAGGACCCAAUUUUCCGUCUCAAUCUUGAAUGAAAGAAAAGAAAAAAAAAUCAAUAAAGUAUACAAUCAAUUAUUUACUGGAAGAGUAACUCGUAGCCCAGAAAUAUCCCUCAUUCAAAAGCUCGAUAUCAUGUAUAGUCGAAGCCAAUUUUUGCCUAAUAAUGUGCUGACUAUUUGCUUAGAUCUUGCAGUAUAUGACGAGUGUACUGAGAUUAUUAAAUUUCCAUCAAAAUCUUCGAAUUAUAUGAUCGGCGAGGACUUCAAGAAGCUUCUUGAUGACAACAUAGCUAGAGAUAUUACUCUGGUGGCGAACGAAAAGGAAUAUCAAGCUCACAAAGCUAUUUUGAUGGCACGCAGUCCAUUCUUUUACGCGAUGCUCACCCACGAUAUGAAAGAAAAACAAGAAAAUAAAAUUACUGUGCCAGAUAUUGAUCUGAAGAUCUUUGAAAAAAUGAUUGAGUAUAUUUACUCAGAUAGAGUAACUAAUCUUGAUAGUUGUGCUGAGCAGAUGUUGGAAGUCGCUGACCAGUAUCAACUACUAGGACUCGUUGAGAUGUGUGAAGAAUCACUGAGCAAAUCAAUAACUGUUGAAAAUGUUAUAAGGGUGCUGUACGUAGACCUGACAAAAUUGACAACAACAUAUGCGAAGCGUAUGAAUCUUCUUUCAAACAAAAUAUUCGGUGAAGUGUUUCGUCCCACGAAUCGUAAGUCCAUGAAAGUCGUCAAAAUAUUCAGCGAGAAGCCCAUACACAAACGUGAGGAAGUCAUCCAUUACUAUCCACGACAUCCGCAGAUUGGGUGGCUCAUGAGGAACCUUCGUCUAUACGGUCUUUUCCGUGAUGAACAUUUAGAUUGGAAAGAAGAAAUUGAAAGACAGAGAGUUCUCAAAGGUAAAAAACCACGUGUCAAAAAGUCUCUACGGGAAAAGUAA